AUAUGUUAGAAUUUAGAGAAGUAAACCUUCAAACUUAAUAUUAAUAUCUUCCAAGACAGUAGCUACAAUCUUCACUCCAGAGCAAAAGGACACCAUUGGGGUGGCCUCCUCUUUAUGAAGUGAAAUUGCACACUACACUUCACGAAAGCCACCUUCAUUGAAUUAUUGCAAACCCUCAAAACUUAAAUUCAGAUCCACCCUAUAUAUUCUUCUACUCACCAGUUUCCUAUGCUAAAGAUGGAUCUUGAUGAGUGGGAGUUCAUUUCUGAUGAUGCUUUUCUUGAACUACAUGAAGAUGAGGGCCAGCAAUUCUUUUCGAGAUCCUCUGUCAAGGAUUCUUCCAAGAGGAUUCUUGGCAAGUAUUUCGAAACCUCAUCUUCAAAAUCCCAACAAUUUGUCGAAACAACAAACUUACCAAGAUUGCAGAAGCAACUUGUUCCUCUGCCAAUUGAGUUCCAGCCAAUUAUCCAUGAGGCCCCUGAUGAAGAACAUGUGAAGGAAGUCAUAAUUCAGGAUACUAAUGAGUCUCGUCUCGCGCCUAACGUGAUCACUGAGGAGAUCAAGUCUCCAUCUGCUGUAAAAGUUGAUCAGGACUUUCUGCCACAAGUUUUCUUCAAGAAAAUGAAGGAAAGUGAUUUUGUGAUCGACAUGAAAAUGGACUCACCGAAGUCUGGUUCCAGGGGACUAGCGCCUCAGAUCGAGGCGAAUAAGUUUCAGUUUGAGGAGCCAACUGAUGAUCAGGCUACUGAAACUAUGACAAAGAAUCAUCAAGAAGAACACGGUGCAAACAUGUGGAAAUGGAGCUUAACUGGCAUAGGUGCAAUUUGUUCUUUCGGUGUGGCUGCUGCUGCUACCAUUUGUAUCAUAAUUAUCGGAAACAGUCAGCAACAGAGAAAACAUCAGAAGCUUCAGUUCCAGAUUUAUGCCGAUGAAAAGAAAAUUAAGGAAGUGGUUACUCAGACAAGCCGAUUGAAUGAUGCAAUGUCCGCGGCCAGAGGAAUUCCCCUUGCAAGAGCUCAUAUAACGUAUGGUGGAUACUACGAUGGUUUCUAGACCGAUCUUUCUCAUGUAGCAGAAUCCUAAACAUAUGUGUCUGCACUUGGUGCCUAAAUAAUGUUUAAAUUUUAUGUAUAUAAUUUCAAAUUCUGCACAACACUUCGUGUUUUUAGCUCACUUGUUAUACAUAUCGUGAUUUAGAAGACUGAGGCGUUUGCUUAUUA